AUGAAGAUCAACUCGGCGAUCGCCGCGGCCAUCUUGGCCUUCACCAGCGGAACCUACGCUGAUGAGGACGUUCCCAAGAAGGCCUCGCCCGCUGCCGUCGACCUUCCCACCUUUACUCCUACCAGCCUCAAGGCGCCCUUCCUCGAGCAAUUCACAGACGACUGGGAGGCCAGGUGGAAGCCGUCGCACGCCAAGAAGGACACCACCGGCUCCGAGGAGGAGUGGGCUUACGUCGGCGAGUGGGCUGUUGAGGAGCCCACCGUCCUCAAGGGCAUGCAGGGCGAGAAGGGUCUCGUUGUCAAGAACCCUGCUGCCCACCACGCCAUUUCCGCCAAGUUUGACAAGGUCGUCGACACGACGGGCAAGCCCCUCGUCGUCCAGUACGAAGUCAAGCUGCAGAAGGGUCUCGAAUGCGGUGGUGCCUACCUCAAGCUUCUCCGUGAGAACGAAGGCCUGCACCAGGACGAGUUCGCCAACACCACCCCUUACGUGAUCAUGUUCGGUCCCGACAAGUGCGGUCACAACAACAAGGUCCACUUCAUUUUCAACCACAAGAACCCCAAGACGGGCGAGUAUGAGGAGAAGCACCUCAAGACUCCUCCCUCGGCUAGCAUCGUCAAGACGACCGAGCUCUACACCCUCAUUGUCAACCCUGACAACACCUUUUCCAUCCAGAAGAACCACGAGACCGUCCGCGAGGGCUCGCUCCUCGAGGACUUCUCGCCCUCUGUUAACCCCGAGGCCGAGAUUGACGAUGCCGAGGACACCAAGCCCGAGGACUGGGUCGAUGACGCCCGCAUUCCCGACCCUGAGGCUACCAAGCCUGACGACUGGGACGAGGACGCUCCUUAUGACAUUGUCGACGAGGACGCCACCAUGCCCGAGGACUGGCUCGAGAACGAGCCGCUCACCGUCCCCGACCCCGAGGCUGAGAAGCCUGAGGACUGGGAUGACGAGGAGGACGGCGACUGGAUCGCUCCUACUGUCCCUAACCCCAAGUGCGCUGAGGCGUCUGGCUGUGGCCCGUGGUCCAAGCCCAUGAUCAAGAACCCCGAGUACAAGGGCAAGUGGGCCGCUCCUUACAUUGAGAACCCGGCCUACAAGGGAGUCUGGAAGCCUCGCAAGAUUGCCAACCCCGACUACUUUGAGGACAAGACCCCCGCCAACUUUGAGCCCAUCGGUGCUAUUGGUUUCGAGAUCUGGACCAUGCAGAGCGACAUCCUCUUCGACAACAUCUACGUCGGCCACUCCAUCGAGGACGCCACCGCCCUUGCCGCCGAGACGUUCGACAAGAAGCACCCCGCGGAGAAGGCCAUCGAGGAGGCCGAGAAGCCCAAGGAGGCUGAGAAGCCCAAGUCGCCCUCCGACCUCAAGUUCCUUGACGACCCCGUCCACUAUGCUCGGGAGAAGCUUGACCUCUUCCUCACCAUUGCCCAGAAGGACCCCAUCCAGGCCGCCAAGUUUGUGCCCGAGGUUCCUGCCGCCAUCGGUACCCUCCUCGUCUCGGUCAUUGCUAUCUUUGGGCUUGUCGCCAUGGGUGGCAGCACCCCUGAGCCCGUCAAGAAGGUCGCCAAGGAUGCGAAGGCCAAGGCCGUUGAGGCCAAGGACAAGGCUGCCGAGGCUGUCGCCACUGGCACUGAGAAGGCCAAGGAGGCCACCAAGCGCACCACUCGGAGCCAGUCUUAA